CAAAUUCUUCUUCUCUCAAACACACACACAGACUCAAAAAGGGUUUUAGGGUUGUUGUUGGUGUUUGCAUUAGAUUAGAAGAAUGGAUAGAUACCAAAAAGUAGAAAAACCGAAACCCGAAUUACCGAUAAACGAGAAUGAGAUCCGAAUCACUUCACAAGGUUUGGUUCGUAACUACAUCACCUACGCCACUACUCUUCUUCAGGAGAGGCAUGGGAAAGAGAUUGUCUUGAAAGCAAUGGGUCAGGCAAUUAGCAAAACAGUUGCUAUAGCAGAGAUCAUUAAGAGAAGAAUGCCUCAACUGCAUCAAGACACUGCUAUCAGCUCAGUAAGCAUAACAGAUGUAUGGGAGCCUCUUGAAGAGGGUCUUUUGCCUGUGGAGCAGACCCGGCAUGUUUCAAUGAUUUCAAUCACGUUGUCAGCAAAAGAACUGAACAAAAAUUCCGCUGGGUAUCAAGCUCCUUCUGAGGUUGAACAGAUAAAGCCAAGGUAUAAUAAUUACCAGCCUCAACAGCAGCAACAACCACCAAGACAAACACGUCAAGUCUAUUAUGCUGGUAAUGAAGAUUCAUAUGGACGAGGACGAGGUCGUGGUAGAGGGAGGGGACGUGGUUGGAGCAGAGGUGGAUAUGGAAACUAUCAAGAUAAUGGUGGUUACUCAAACUAUGGUCGAGAAAAUGGCGGCUACUCAAAUUGGGGCCGAGGAAAUGGUGGCUACUCAAACUAUGGUCGAGAAAAUGGUGGUUACUCAAACUCUGGUCGAGAAAAUGGCGGUUACUCAAACUCUGGUCGAGAAAAUGGCGGUUACUCAAACUCUGGUCGAGAAAAUGGUGGUUACUCAAACUAUGGUCGAGAAAAUGGCGGUUACUCAAACUAUGGUCGAGAAAGCGGUGGUUACUCAAAUUAUGGCCGAGGUGGGGGCCGCGGUGAAUGGGGAUAUCGUGGCUCUGGAUAUGGAAGAGGCGGCGGUGGAGGUGGCAGAGGUUAUGGCCGUGGACGCGGACGCAUGGGCCUCCGUCCAAGAGGUGGCGGCGACCAGGCUUAGUUGGGAAUUGGCACUUUAGGUUUUGCAAACUUGCCUUGGCUUAGUGGUUCUCCUGUUCAAAAUAUGUCUAAAGAAAAGCAUGAAAAAAAAAGUUCCUUAUUAAAAACAGAAAAGAAAAAGAACAGCAUGAAAUUGUGGGUUGUUUUAUAUGUGGUCAUGCAGUGAUUGUGUUGUUUUCAACAUCGUCGAAUGUGGAAAAGCUUAUAUCCUCUAUUUGCUUUUAAAGAAAGCCAAGGUCAAGUAGCCAAUUUUUGACUGCUAUCUAUUUGAUUCACUGUGGUUGCAAUGUCGUUGCUGUAUUUAUUCAAGUGUAGCUUAUUUUUUC